ACUCUGGAAUACAAGUGCCCAAGUCUCUAUGUCCUGGAAGGAUCUCGGUAUAUCAGCUGUACUGACGGGCAGUGGACAAGCCCCCCGGUUUGCCUAGUGGCCUGCACAGCAUCUGAAGAAGACAUGGACAGAAACAAUAUUGAGCUGAAAUGGAAGAUGCAAAGAAAGCUGUAUGCCAGAUCGGGUGACUUUAUUGAAUUUCAGUGUAAAAGAGGAUGUGUGGAGGACCCAGCAUCAUCCCCCUUCAGAGUGCAGU